GUCUCUGGUGCUGUCCUACGUUUAAAGUAAACUUUACUCUUGCUUUAACCCCAAAAAAACAUGUAAUAUAAAAGAAACAUAAAUUAAGGGAAACAUGGGGUCAAAGUUCUGGAGAUAUUUAUGAUUAUUCGUCUUAUUAUAAUGUCCCAGAUGCCUUCAGUGGCGUUAUAUCCCACAAUGCAUGACUCACUGUGACAUUACUUUCUCUGUCUCUCUACAAUUUGCAAAUCCCAGGGUUGGGUGAGACGUGAGCCUCUGUCAAUAAGCCGUUUGCUUUGUAGAAAAAAAAAAAGAUACAUUUUAUUUAGUAAUUAUUUAUUUAGGAUUACUGCUAUGUCUUUGGCGCGUUUUAAAUUGAUAAUGGUCCAUGUUAUCGCUGCUUGUUUUAUCAAACCUAUCAUUUACCAAUAUAGAUUUAAAAAAAACAUACAUUCAUAUUGAUACCUGCACAUCCAACUGUUUGAAUAUUGAGACACAGAGCUUGCACUCUAAUUUCAGCGAAUGACAGAAAGGUACUGAGGUAACGAUGAUGCCUAGAGAAAAGAUUGUAAGCUUAAAGUAUUCAGUGUAGGCAGCCAUCAGGCAGUGAAGGUGUUAAUGUUUUGCAGUCAGAGGCACAGUCAGAUAACAAUGGACCAACGGUGACAAGUGGGACAUCUCUUACUGUCACUCCUUUUAUAGUAUUGCAGAUUCCACUCCUUGAAUAUAAGAGGGCUCAGUGACCACCCUUGCCCUGUUCUUUCACCUGGUGCCUCUCUCUCUCUGCAUCUCACCCAACCUAACACACACCAUGCCUCCCAAGAAACCAGACCCCAAGAAGGAAGCCCCCAAGCCAGCCGCUGCUCCUGCACCUCCAGCCCCAGAGCCCCCAAAAGAAGUUCCAUUUGACCCCAAAAGUGUCACAGUAAGUAUAUGGGUGAAGAUCUGGGCAAGAGAAUAUUAAUUUGUGUGGGGGUCGCGGCUUUAACUUUGUCAGUAAAGCAUUGAUGAGCAAAGGAUAUUUAAACAGUUGACACUUUUUGUGAAAAGCAUUAAACGAAGGGAACACAGAUCAUAAGAAGACAUAUUAAUACAUUUAGACAAUAUAUACAUUAGGUUGCUUAUAUAUAAAAUACUUAUAUUUUUCAUUGAUUUUAAUUAUUAUUUAUUUUACUAACAGUACUCUACUAGAAGUCAUUAAAUUGAACUUAGUUAAAAUUAAAUUCAGUUUGUCAUCUGCAGACAUUCUUCUCCUGUGAUAUCACGCAGCCUCUAAACAUUAAUGUAAAGCCCUUCAAAAAAACAAAUCCUGUUUAAAUCCCUGUAACAGAGAGUACAUCGUGCCACAUAUGUCAUUGUCCGUCAUCGCCUACUGGGAUGUUACAUAAACUUCCUAAUGAUAAAAUACGCUCCGCAUUACAAAGGUCAUUUACAAAAGGGAGACUUGUCAGGAAUUCAAAGUGAAUUUAAAGUUUAAAAGUACACUUCUAUAUUUGUACACUAUAGCCGACAUUAUCACUUACUGUAUGUUCUUGCAAAAAUUGAGUUUAAUAUUUUGGUUAUAACAAUUCCUACAUAGAAAUCUGGGUAUCAGACUUUUGUCAAGCUGUUAUCAUUUAUAUAAAUAAAUCUAUUGAUAGGUUAUUACAAUAAAUAAAGAUGCUAUUUAACUUCUUUUUCCUGGACCUUAACUUGAUUAAAUCUGUUUAGUUUGGAAAAACCGCACCUGAGAGGGGAUAUGAUAACAGUAUACAAAUAUAUUCGGGGCCAGUACAAACCAUUAUCUGGAAAUCUAUUCAUAAACAGGGCUAUAUAUAGGACACAUGGUCACACAUUUAGGCUGGAAGAAAGGAGAUUUCAUCUAAGGCAAAGAUAAGUUUUUUUUACAGUAAGAGCAAUAAGGAUAUGGAAUUCUCUGCCUGAAGAGGUGGUUUUAUCAGAGUCACUACAGAUGUUUAAACAGCAAUUGGAUAAAUACUUACAAAAACAUAACAUACAGGGAUAUAAUUUCUAAUUAGUGGGGUAAUAGCUACUUGAUCCAAGGAGAUAUCUGACUGCUAUUUUGGGGUCAAGAAGGAAUUUUUUCCUAGUUUGUGGCAAAAUUGCAAGCGCUUCAGACCAGGUUUUUUGCCUUCUUUUGGAUCAACAGCAACAACAUAUGUGAGGAAGGCUGAACUUGAUGGACACAAGUCUCUUUUCAGCUAUGUAACUAUGUAACGAUGUAACUAUGUCUGUCCGAGAUUGGCCGGUAAUGCAAUCAUACAGUGGUUAUGGUACUUGAAGUGUUCCUUUAAAAAAUAAAAAAUAAAAUGGAAAAGGGAAUAUAUUUAGUAAACCAGCAAUUGUAAAGAACUGACAAGGGAACUGCAAAGAGUUUGAGAUUUUUGUUUCACAAUUCAGCUAUUUAAAUGUAAAUAAAAAUCGCAAUUCCCCAGUCGUAUUGCCACAUUUCUUGUGCGUACCAAAUAAGACCCAUAGCCGUCAGCAAAUUAAGAUAUAAAUAAAAAGAGGGUUUAUCAGCUUGUAUCAUACAGUAACACAUUCAUUUUAAAUAGCCUGUCUACAAGUCUAAAACGUGUCACCAAUUGACACCAAUUACAUCCGAACAGGUUCAACUAAUUGCUCAAUUUACAGCUGCACAGACAUAGACAGAGUCAUGGGAAGCUAAAAGAUCUCAAAAAGUAAUUCUAGACAAAGGAGAAAUAAUAUAGGGUAAAUAUCUGGGUGUAGAAGGGUAAAUAUCAGGCACCGGAGAAAUAUUACAGGGUAAAUAUCUGGGUGUAGAAGGGUAAAUAUCAGGCACCGGAGAAAUAUUAUAGAGUUUAUAUCUGGGUGUAUGGAAAAGAUUAAAUAGGGAAGAGAAAAUAUUACAUGAGAAUCGGGUGUAGGGAAAAAAUAGAUGGUGAAGAAUCUGGGAGCAUGGAAAAAAUAUUACUUUGGUAAAACCAGGGUGUAGGGGAAAAAUACACGGGGAGAAUCUCGGUCUUAGUAAAAGGUUACAUGGGGAGAAUCAGGGUGUAAGUAAAAGGUACAUGGGGAGGAUGGGGGUGUAAAGAAAAGGUACAUGGGGAGAAUUGGGGUGUAAGUAAAGGUACAUGGGGAGAAUUGGGGUGUGAGUAAAAUGUUACAUGGGGAGAAUCGGGGUGUAAGUAAAAGAUUAUGAGAAGAGAAUGGGGGUGUAAGUAAAAGGUUACAUGGGGAGAAUUGGGAAUUCGAAGGGGGUAAGUAAAAGGUUAUGUGGGGAGAGUGUGGGUGUAACGUAAAAGCUACGUGGGUAGAAUGGGGGUAUAAAUAAAAGGUUACGUGUGGAGAAUCGCGGUAUAAGUCAAAGGUUACAUGGGGAGAAUCAAGGUGUAAGAAAAAAGUUACAUGGGGAGAAUCAGUGUGUAAGUAAAAGGUUCGAUGGGGAGAGUCGAGGUGUAAGUAAAAAGUUAGAUGGGAAGAAUUGGGUGUAAGUAAAAGGGAAAAAAAUCUGAGAAUUGGGGAUAUAUUACAAAAGCAGGAUCUUGGUGUCAGUAUUAGAUGGGGAGAGUCUGUGUACAGGGGCAAAAAUAUCAUGUGGGAACUCAGGAGUAUCUAGGUGUAGGCAUAAUAUAACAUGGGAGAAAUGUUGGGGAAUUUGGGUGCAGAAAUACCAGGGGAGUGUAAGAACCAGAGAAGAGAUUCCAGAGGAAAAUGUCUCCUGAUUGUAAACUUUGCAGAAGAUAGCCCGCAAAUCUAGUGCUAUCAAGAGCCACCACUAAGAAAAUGUAAAAGGCUUCUCUCAUUAUCACUCAGUUAUUUGAUUAAAGGAGCUCAAAUUAUUACACACAGAACCCACUUAAAGAUCCAAUUAACUCAAACAAGGCUAUUUAUUAAAGUAGGACUACAAAGUGAAUUCCAAGAGAAUCUCAUGUUAGUAAAUAACUCUGAAAGACUUGCUUGUUGGUUGCUUUGAAGUAUCUCUUGGCAUAGCCUUCACUAGAAGACCAUAACAGAUGGCAGAUUGUGGGCACGGUGACUUUACUGGUGUGUAGACUUGGGGAGUAGGAAUCUGGGAACCCAGCAACAGAGCCUUCCUUCUGCAGUUCUUGAAACAAGUAGUAGGUGCCAAGAUAUGACAGAACAUCCCGGUACUGAUGCCUACAUAACCAUGAUCAUGUAGCAGUGGUUACUUAAAAGGAUACUGUAAGCACCCAGACCACUUCAGCUCAUUGAAGUGGUCUGGGUGCAUAUUCUUAAUUCCCUUAUCCCAGCAAAGGUAAUUAUUGCAGUUUUUAACAAACUGCAUUACCUUUGUGGGUUAACUCCACCUCUAGUGGCUGUCCUGGGAAAGAUAAGUCACAUGUCAAGUGUUCUACAUAGUCACAAUCACAGAAAGUAGUAUUUGAGUGGAAGCUUUGUAGGCCAAUAUUUUCUUCGGGCUCUUAUUGCAUAGAAUAUGGCCAAACAGACUCUAGAAAGUUUAUACUUUUUGUAUCAUUUAAUCUAGCCCCUUGAAUCUCUCAUUGAAGUAAAAUUUUGGGUUGUUGCUACUCCAGACCCCAACCACCAUUUUACAGCACUACCAUAACCACUACAGUGCUCAAACACUCACAAAUACUGCGUGUUCAUGAGAUCCAACGAUUAAUACUGAGUGUAUUUUUAUAGUAGAACACUUAGAAUGUAUCCCAUACAAAGACAAUAUAAUUCUAGCUCUCUGUUUGACUAAUCGGUAAAACUAUCCCACAGUUUAUAGAAAUAAGGGCAGACAAAUAAGUUUUUAUUUAUUAUUAAAAAAUAACUGUUUUUAUUUCUCUGUAGAUCGAGUUCGGUGCUGAUCAGAUUGAAGGUAAAUCCCCAUUUCAUUGCGUUCUAUAUACCGUAAAUUAUAGAUUUUGACAUGGCGAGGGUCAAGUUUGAUCAUAAUAAAGUUAUUAAUAAUUGUAAUGCUGUUUUAAUAUAGUAGCAAACGGAGUGUAGGAAAACAAACAAAAACGUGAAGACCUCACAGUCUACUGGUCUAAUCAAAUACACUGUUGUAUCUACCGGUAGCUGCAUGGCAGAAACUGAGCAGGAUUAAGAUUGGUCCUUAAUCUGGAUACCUUAUCACAAUAUAAAUACCCUACAGUGAAGCUUCAUUGUAUUAAGUAUGGGGAUCUUUGGGCUCUUUGCUGUUGGACUAUGGAUGUGCCAUUUCAGUAUUGCCCAGCGCCACAAGCUGCAGCCUCCUACAUCAAUUGACCCCUCCAUUCCAAAGAAAAUUUUUUUCAUGGAACUAUGAUUCGUAACUAAAUUCGUACUCAGGUGUUACAAGGCAAAGCAUUCCUUGUGUAUUCUUCCAGUCUAACCGAGUAAUAAAAUACACAGAUGCUACCUAGAGCACUGCAGUGGGUUGAAGGCCUGAAGACCCAUUCUUGAAAGGUUGACUUACCACAGUCAUCCACCGUUCAACUAUAAUGCUAUAUAAAAUAAAAUGACUCUUUCCAAUGUUGCACUUAGUCCUGUGAUAGUAAUAGUUCUAUUGUAGGAACGGUCUGUAGAAUGUGAUGACCUUGUUCCAGUCAUUAGGGACACACUGGACAAGCCCCAGAACCCAAUUAUCCUGACUCAGGGUUAGGAUCUACUGGAAUGAAGUUAUAUGCACAAGUCUAAAAUUUAAUUUUAUAGUAUAACAGACAAACUGACCAUGGAAGUCCAUGAAGGCUAGCUAGAAGAGGUAAUUAAUGGGAAGCAACCAUUGAGGUCCAGUGGGAAUGUAGAAGACUAAGAGGGUGUCAAAUGUUCUCUAAUACUCAUUACCCAAAGUAGUCUAUCAUCACCCAAGCACUCCCUGCUUAAUUCAUGAAUAUAAUAGUCCUUUUACGCUUUCAAAUGUGAAUUACGCCAUGUCAAUCAUGCAUACGUGCAUGUCAAGUAAAGAGGUCAGAAGACAUGCUAAACAUACAGGUCUGGAGAAUAUCAGUUUCUUGUUUUACUGUAGUGUUAACAGGUGUAUGGAUAACUUUCCAAGUUCACAAUUCAGUAAGACAUUGAGCUUAAUGAGUCUCCAAGGCAGUGGAUUGUUAAACAUGUCUUUUCUCCGGGGAUAUGGCCACUAAUUAUUGUAUCUGGAAUGAAAUGAAUGUCCCUUUGAAAUGGGGGAGGAACAAUUAAAUAAUUAUAGCCCAGCUUUAAGAUAUAUUCCGGUAACGUUACACCCAGGGUGCCUUAUUGUCCUGACAAAUGCCGACAAACUGCUAUAGAGGGCGUUUUGGGGACUUGAUAUUUAAAUGGUAGAGAUGGGUCACUUUUGUUGUAUGAUGUUUAAAUUUAUAAGAGAAAAGCCGUUAUUUAACGCCUUAAGGAAAAAUAAUAGACUAUGCCAUUAAGACAAUAGUUUUUAAGUAUCGUAUUUCAAAAUGGAACACAUUGCCUCUUUCAUGACAGCAUGGCUCAACAGAGCGGAGUACAAGAAAUAUGCAGAUGUCCCAUUCUGGCAAAAAAAGGUUUUCUUCACCUAGUUUUGUUGCCAAGAAUGUUAUUCUUCAUUGUUCUAAAUCUUAUGUUCUCAUUCCCAGAAUUCAAAGAGGCCUUCCAGCUGUUUGAUCGUACCCCGGGAGGAGAGAUGAAGAUCACUUAUGGUCAAGUUGGAGAUGUUCUGAGGGCCCUGGGACAAAAUCCAACCAAUGCAGAAGUUCUAAGAGUUUUAGGGAGACCUAAAGCAGAAGGUGAGAAUUUGGGGAAAAGGAAGAAAGAGGCAAAACGUUUGCGUUAUUUUUUGAAAACUCAAGAGCAAGCAGAAUUUUUUAAAAUGUAAUUGUUUUUUUAAAUUUUGAUUUGGGUAAAGGAAAUUAGGAGAAUAGUUAAAGAAAUAUGUAGUAUGCAACAUGGAUUGUAAUGAAUAAAUUGGUGAAUUUAAAAGACGGCUAUUUACAUAAUGAAAAAAGAUUGGCAUGUGUCUCCUGGUAACAUAAAGAGUAACGCAAAGAGAAUGUUUAGGUUAGCCUGAACAAAUUCUGACGAAGUCCGUUUACAAAAUGUAAAGGGGUGCUUGUUUUAACAUACUAUCCAUGAACCUACAUCAUUAAUGUUUUAACUUUGGCAUCACAUAUGUCUCAACUACAUUUACCAUGAUACACCAACAUCAUCAAAGGAUCUGUAAUUCGGAAAUAUCUGUAGUGCCAAGCUCAGUUGGCAUGUACAUCUGCAGUAGUACAUACUCUGACAGUUCCAGGACUGUCCAGUAACAAUGCAAGAAUGUCUUAAAAUAUGUUCUGAAACGGGCUUGAAAAUGUCUGUCAACAUUUUAUUAAACUUUUUAUAUUUUGUCCUAAAUUCUUUAAUCAAAUUCUCACGUCAGAGCAAGUCACUGAUUAGUAAAUAGAUCUCAGAAGGUUGGAAAAGGCAAACUGUUGACCAUUACAAAGAUGAUUACAAUUCUCAUAUUUUCUUUUUGUCUGUAAUUGUAAGUGUUUGUACACAGUGCAGUCAUACUAAAAUAAUGUAUGGGUGUGCUAUAAAACACACAAAUGUGCAUCUGCCUAUGCAAACAUGUCAUAUGCACCUUUGAAAUUGUAACUAAUAUCUACACAUUGUAUAGGAGGACAAAAAGUGUUUUUUCUUUAAUACCGAACCAACCCCACCCCACCCCCUCUUGUUUAGGGAGGUUAUCAAAUAAGGUUAUAAAAUAUUUCAAUAGACACUGGCAUAGCUAGAGCUUUUGACAAUCGAGGCAAUCUCUGAGUUGUCCUCCACUAUCUCGACCCACAUCAUGUUCGAUGCAGCCAUGUCACGUCUGGUGACGCGGCAUUAGCUGUGACCUAUGCUGUACAUGCGUAGUCAGACUCCUGACGGUGUUUUGUCUGGAGUACAGACCCUGUCAGAAAUCUCGACUCACGUCAUGCCUGGUGCAGUCCAGAUUUCUCAUGGGUCCAGUAAUCUGACAGAAUACAGGAAGGAGGUGCUGGUGGAGAUCGGCCAUGCUACAUGAACGGACCGGCAGGAGAGGAGCGUUGUGUGCUUCUCUCCUUCCGGUCACUUGGACACUGUGCCUCUCGGGCAAGUGCGCUCUAAUGCGGCCACCUGUGUCACCUUAUGGUAUCGCCAGCCCUCUCUCUCAAUGAGGAGCAGUGGAUUGGAUCACGCCGAAGAAGGCCAGGCCUCCUCAAUUUCAUCGCGGGAGGAGGAGAUGUAAGUACCGAUGAGAGGGCCCUUAGCUGGAAUGAAGUAAGUGAAAACCUUUAAGUUAAUAUUUUUAAUGGCACAUAUUGAGAAGCAUCAGGGACCCGACGAGCAAGUGCAGCGAGCACUAAGCGAAUCCAGGCUUCCCCAUACGAAAGCAUUUAAUCAAUUCUUUCCUAUGAGGGACUACCGUGUCACAUGACCAUGUUUUACUCUGUUAGUGUACCUCUGGUAACUGUCUUCCAGUUUCCAAAAAACUGCAAUGUUCUAAAAUGGCAGGAUCGCUUCACCCAGACCGCUUCAUUAAGAUGAGGUGGCCUCUGUGACUAUCAUGUUCCUUUAAGGUCAAAAUAGCCAAAUCGGAAAAAUUCUCCAGGUCUGCUUCCACUUCAGGUAGUUUGUCCUUAAACUCGAAAUUCACUUUGAAUUCCUGACUAUUUUCACUUUAUUGAAUAACCCAGUUUGUUUCACGUUGUGCAUACUGUGAGCUAGACAGACUACAGACUUGUAGGGUAACAGAUAACGGUCUUAGAUAGAAGACAGAGCACAGGCAAGACAAUCCCCUGUAUAAAUAGUCUUACUUUAGGAAAAUGAUCUGUGAGCCAUGGGAUUUUCUGGCUCAGCCCGACAUAGCUGCCGUCUGGUACAAACAUUCGGCCUUUUACACCUGGCAUCAAAGCUCAUUCUAUUUCUGCGAGAGAGAUUCAGCCCUUUAUACCAAAAGCAGCGUUGGGUAGGAUUGUAGCCAACUUAGACACAUUGUAGAUACUACAUUUGCCACGUCUUUUAUUCCGGCCGUGUAGACACUCCAUGGAAUGUCUUGUGUCCUUGAAACACAUGUCAAAGAGUUUCCCUAUAGAGUGGAAGAGGCAUGAGAUCCUUAGCAUCUAAUUGUGAUACAUCUGAAGAUAACAUUUUGCUGUCCAAAUGCCAGGAAGGAACAUCACAUUCCCAAACUUGUCGCAAACAUGAAGGCUGACAUUUUACUAAGCCCUGGUAUGUGUGUUGUUAUCCACCCAUGGAAUCCAUACCAGGGCACAGAAAAUCUCAGUAGCCCAGAGGGCUCAACUGAUCACCUCUAAGACUGGAUAUUUCGAUGACCUAAUUACUAGGGCCUGCCAACUGCCUAAUCCCGUAUAUUGCAUGCUGCAGGCCGAACUCUAGUGAAGAACCUUUUUUAGUCAUGGAAUGUGAUACUAUUAUAGUAUGUGAUAAUGCUAUAGAAUUGUGAGCACACACAGUUAUCGCCCAUCACUCAUAAUCUUAAAAUAAUAGAAAUAGGGUUUCUAUUUUUAAAACACACCGAGAAGUGGCCAAAUACAUUUCAUCCUGAAAUUCCAUCUUCUAAUUUUUAUGGUUUGGACCACAACCUUUUGUACCUCUUUCUCACUACUAGCCACUGGGAAUUUGUCUUCCUGAAACUUUCAUUUAGUUUUUAUUUAACUUUUCUCUUGCCUCCUUCUGCAGAAAUGAACACCAAACUUGUAGACUUUGAGACCUUUCUUCCAAUGCUCCAGCACAUUUCUAAAAACAAGGACAAGGGCUCUUUUGAGGACUUUGUGGAAGGACUACGUGUCUUUGACAAGGAAAGCAACGGCACUGUAAUGGGAGCAGAGUUACGCCAUGUCCUUGCCACUUUGGGUAAGUGAUGGAUUGAAGAAAAUGCGUUCUUAUGAUAUAUGGCCUGUACUCUGAAUUUUUGUGGAUAAAUCAUCCCACGUUGAAAGGAACAUCGUCAAUUUUAUGCAACUUUUGGUGCAAUUUAGGGCUCCCAUUUAUCGGAUGGACUUUUGAACUUUGUCUUAAAGAAAUAUCUGCAAGUGUAAUCCAUGCUUGUCUGGACAUGAUGUCUAUGUAUUAAAUAAAAGUGAAUGUAUAUAUAGUGUAACUUUGUUUUAAUUUAUUAUGUAAAUCCAUUGUCACAGUUUGAGAUGGUUUAUCCUUAAGACCCCUUAAAUUGUAAAACUGCCUUUGAAAUUAAUAUUAGUUCCUAAACAGGAACUUUACAAUGGAUGAAACCACUUCCAUGUUCUUGACAAUUGUUACUUAAACACAGGUGAGAAGCUGCAGGAGAACGAAGUAGAGCAACUCAUGGCUGGGCAGGAAGACGCCAACGGAUGCAUUAACUAUGAAGGUAUGCUCUGGACAAUGUCUUCAUUCACACACACUCACCAUCUGACAGCACUCAACUGUUUUGUUACACAAAGUCACACUCACUAAACUGAGAACUGGAAAAGCUGACCACUCUCAGCCAAUCAGUGGUGCCCCUGCAUAGCUGGAAGGCUAGUCCCCAUGAAAACCAGUACCAAAAACAGCCUUGAACCUUAGAAUCCCAUUUUGUUCCACAAUUUAUAUGAAAAACUCAGUAAGCUAAAUCCUCUGAGUACUAGUGGAAGGAAUGGCGAAUUACAAUGAAACAAGAAAAAAAAAAGGAGUUACCUGCGCACCAUCUCAAAUCUCUACGCACUUUUAAACUGGAGGUUUUUUAGUAUCACUCCAAUGACCAUUAAAGUGUAAGCCACGUCAAGGCAAAACCUGUUAGGUGAGUCCUACACUAACAAUUCAUAUCAUUGCUUGGAGCUAAAAGGCACAAUCUCUAAUGAGACAUGUAUUGGGGCUGACGAGUACUACGGUCAUUGCUGCCGCCCUGGAGUUUGAGCGCAGGGCGUAAUUUUGUCUGUUUGGGUUUACUAAGAAACAGGUCUCCUUCAGAUGUGAAUGGGUUAACAGUCUUAUCAGUUUUCUAAUACUCCAUAAAUCUCUUAUUUCCAUGGAGGUGUUAAUUUUUUAUGCAUUCUCAGUGCACCAUAAAUCAAAUACAUUGUAACAUGAACACAGGGAGGUGAUCUGUGCAAUUUUAAAUCCAGGACACUUAGACCCGUUUUUACCAACCAAUGCAGUCCGGGAAUUUACACUAUAAAAGUUACGUGUACAUAGCCACACAAAGUGCAACAGACAGAGGUCAUGGAAAGUCCCCGCUGGAUCCAGUUUCAAUUACACGUGUAUUGCCAUGGCACGUGGCUGACCAGGGGCAUCACGGGUUGCUAGGCAACAGCUAAAUUUUGUUUGCUCUUUUUAACCCUCAGAAUUCAUCCUUUUAUGUCAAAUAUAAUGUCCUUGCCCAGAUUAUGCCCCUUAUAUAGUAAUCAUGCGAUUAAUACCCAAUUAUAAUUUCUUCCACCCCAGUGUAACCAUUUCCCCUUCCCCCUAACAUUUUUAAUGAACAAAGAGGGAGACUUUAAUUUUAGUGGUGUGAGUGGGGGUGUUAUCAUGGGAAGGGCAGUUUUUUUUUAGGUGACUUACUAAUAACAAUUUAUAGAGCUAAAAUGUAAUAUAAAACAAGAACAAUGUAUCGUAUUGACACAGACUGAUAUCUAAACAAAUUUACUGUAAUUUAAAGACACAUUACUGGGAGUAUUAUUGCUGUGGAGCUCUGUGAUACACUCAGACACAUUACUGGGAGUAUUAUUGCUGUGGAACUCUGUGAUACACUCAGACACAUUACUGGGAGUAUUAUUGCUGUGGAGCUCUGUUAUAUACUCAGACACAUUACUGGGAAUAUUAUUACUGUGGAGCUCUGUUAUACACUCAGACACAUUACUGGGAGUAUUAUUGCUGUGGAGCUCUGUUAUACACUUAGACACAUUACUGGGAGUAUUAUUGCUGUGGAGUUCUGUUAUACACUCAGACACAUUACUGGGAGUAUUAUUGCUGUGGAGCUCCGUUAUACACUUAGACACAUUACUGGGAGUAUUAUUGCUGUGGAGAUCUGUUAUACACUCAGACACACCAAUACUAUGGAGCUCCUAAAAAGAGGGACAUUAGGAUAGGAAAGAGGGAUUUGGGCCCACAAUAGGGUCUGUCCCUCGUAAUGAAGGACACUUGGGAGAUACGCUCUCUCCACCCCAGUGUAACCCUCUCACCUGCACAGUGUAACCCUCUCCAGUUCAAUGUCACCCUCUCCUCACCCCAGGUUAACCCUCUCCCCACCCACCGCAGUCCAGUUCAGUUUAACCCUUUGCUCACACAUUAAAACCUUCUGCCCUUUUAACACACUAUCCCUGCAUGUACUUGCUCUACCGUGAAGUCCCUGGUGUACCCAGAUACCAGACACUAAUGACCAAAUCUGGGAAAACGAGACAGGAGCUCAAAUUCAAAACAGUCCUGCUAAAACCAGGCCAGUUGGGUGGUAUGACAUUCUCAACAAUUCACAUUACGGUAAAUACCCUGAUAUGUCUGUAUUAAAAGUUGGAGUAUGCUGCUAUACCAUAAAUGAAUAGCUUUUUUUCUGGUUUCUUUUAGCCUUCAUCAAGCACAUCAUGUCUGGAUGAAAUGUGUACGGUAUGUGUCCAGUUAUAUUCUCAACCUUCGUUUUCUCGGAACAAACUUUACAGAAUACAGACUUUGGCAACAGACAACAACUUGCCCAUAAUCUCACUUAUUUCAUUAAUUGUUCUACAGCACUGCCUAAUAAAAAUAUCUUAAAGGGACACUAUAGUCACCUGAACAACUUUACCUUAAUGAAGCAGUUUUGGUGUAUAGAACUUGCCCCUGCAGCCUCACUGCUCAAUCCCCUGCCAUUUAGGAGUUAAAUCCCUUUGUUUAUGAACCCUAGUCACACCUCCCUGCAUGUGACUUGCUCAACCUUCCAUAAACACUUCCUGUAAAGAGAGCCCCAUUUAGGCUUUCUUUAUUGCAAGUUCUGUUUAAUUAAGAUUUUCUUAUCCCCUGCUAUGUUAAUAGCUUGCUAGACCCUGCAAGAGCCUCCUGUAUGCGAUUAAAGUUCAAUUUAGAGAUUGAGAUACAAUUAUUUAAGGUAAAUUAUAUCUGUUUGAAAGUGAAACCAGUUUUUUUUCCAUGCAGGCUCUGUCAAUCAUAGCCAGGGGAGGUGUGGCUAGGGCUGCAUAAACAGAAACAAAGUGAUUUAACUCCUAAAUGACAGUGAAUUGAGCAGUGAAAUUGCAGGGGAAUGAUUUAUACACUAAAACUGCUUUAUUUAGCUAAAGUAAUUUAGGUGACUAUAGUGUUCCUUUAAGCAUCAUUUAAGUACUUUACAGAAUUAAAGGUGAUUCGGAGCAUCUAAUGCUCUUUUGUAAAGUAAUAUUUUCAAAUAUAACUACUAGUUUUUCCAACUCCAAUGUCAAAUCAAUGCCUCUUAAUCUAGUAUUAUUAUCUAGUAUUUUCACAAUCAAUAAUACACUGUUUAAGGCAAAGCUGUCAUGACUUAUAUAACAGCUCCUAAAUCAGUGAAAAAAAUUAUUUAUCAAAAUGAGAAAUUAUAAAUUUAUUUUUUCAUGAGACACAAUUUCUAGAAGCGCAAUCACAGCAACUACAGUACUGAUUGACAGGAGAGGGGAGAAGAGAUAUCUUUGUAUGGCUUUUACAGAAAAUCUGUACAUUUACUGGUUAUUCUUCUAACACUAUGUACAGAUUAAAUAUUGUGUAAAUCCUGUCAUUCUCAGACAAAAUGGCUAAGAAAUAUAUUAGCUAUAGUCCAUGGAUCCAUGAGAAUCAGAUGGUAGAAUGCUGUACCCCCAGUGCUUGGACAAUGCAGGAAUAUAAAAUGGGGUAUACUUCUGUAACGUAUCUCUUUAUAAACUGUUGGUGCUGUAAUGACACUGCGAUCCUGCAAGUGCGGCGACAUUCGAUCACUAAAUUAACACCCGACAUUUUGAAUUCUCUAUUUAAUUGGUAAUAUUUUUCACGGCAAUCUAGCUGAGGGUUAGAAAUGAAAUUACUGCUCAAACACUUUUUGUACUAACAAGGUGGCAAAUUUUGCGAGAUGUAGGAUUGGUAAAAGUGUUUAACUCUUUUUUUUCUUUUUUUUUACAGGACAAGGUAUACAUUUUGCAUGUUUCCCCGAGCUGUCAGAUAAUUUGUGUACGAUCAUGCAGAAUGUCCUGUAACAGUCUUCUAGACACGUCUCACCUGUGAAUACCCUUAAAUGCUGGAAAACGCACUUUUUCUUUCUAUGAAGAAAUGUUUGGUGCAGCUGUAAAUUAUUUGGGAUUUUUUUUCCCUUGGUGAUUUUUCACCAAAUAAAUUUCACAAAAAAAAAAAAUGUAAAAAAAAAAGUGUUGUGUUUCUAUGGUCUGUGGGC